AUGGCCGGCAACCCUGAGCUGGAGCCUGGAAAGGGCUCCAUGAUUGACUCGGCAGAAGCACCUACAUUUAUUCACAAUGAGAACACACAUAUCGUGGCAAGCUUGAAAGCACCGGAACCGAAAGAUGGCGACACGGCCAUGGCCCUGUUUAACGAUGAAGAACUUCAGGAACCCGUGGAUCCAGUUGAGGCACGCAAACUGCUCUGGAAAAUUGACUUUAUGAUAUUACCGUAUCUAGCAACCACAUUGAGCUAUGCGGCAAUCUUUGGGAUCAAUGAAGACCUUAACCUUCACGGGACACAGUAUAGUUGGCUCAGUAGUAUUUUCUACUUUGGAUUCCUCGCCUGGGCGUUCCCGACAAACUUUCUCAUGCAAAGAUUGCCUAUAGGAAAAUACCUUGGAGCGAAUAUCUUCAUGUGGGGUGUUUUCCUGAUGAUCCAAGCCGCGUGUCACAAUUUCGCUACUCUUGCUGUGCUUCGAGCGCUGGGAGGAGCCGCAGAAGCUUGUGCAGAUCCUGCGUUUAUGCUCAUCACUAGUAUGUGGUAUACACGACGCGAACAACCUGUCCGUAUUGGUUUAUGGUAUACGGCCAACGGGCUUGGAAUUGCUCUCGGCGGUCUAUUAGGCUAUGGAAUCGGUCAUAUCAGAGGUGCACUUCCAUCGUGGAAGUACGAAUUUAUUGUGAUUGGCGCACUUUGCUCAGCCUGGGGAAUCGUCAUGUUCAUCUUCCUCCCUGAUUCACCGGUCUCGGCACCAGGCCUCACCCAAAGGGAGCGUCGAAUCGCAGUGGCGAGAAUACGAGAUAAUCAGACCGGUGUCGAAAACAAGCAUCUCAAGCCUUACCAGAUUCUCGAAGCGUUCCUAGACUACAAGAUAUAUUUCUUCUUCGCCCUCGGUCUAGUUUGCAAUAUUCCGAACGGCGGCAUAUCUAAUUUUGGAACCAUAAUCAUUAAAGGUUUCGGGUUUUCUACCCUAGUAACUACCUUGAUGCAGAUACCCUACGGAGCCCUGAUCGCACUCUCCAUUCUAGCCUGCGUAUAUCUCAACGACCGCUUCGAGAACAGACGCUGCGUCUUCAUCCUAAUCUUCCUCUUACCAAAUAUAGCAGGGGCAUUCGGCCUACGCUUCGUCCCGACAGAUCAACAAGUCGGCCGACUAAUCUGCUAUUACUUAACAGGCCCUUACAACGCAGCCUUCGUUCUGGUCCUGAGUAUGCAAGUCGCAAACACAGCUGGCCACACAAAGAAAGUAGUCACAAACGCAGUCCUCUUCCUGGGGUACUGCACCGGAAACAUCGCCGGUCCAUUCUUCUACAAGGAGAGCCAGAAACCAACCUACGAGCUUGGCAUCUGGUCCAUGAUCGUUUCGCAUCUUAUUGAAGCUGUCCUCAUCAGUAUCUUGGGUCUUCUGCUUCGCUGGGAGAAUAGAAAGAGGGAUAAGAUACAGUCUCAGAUGGAAGGCGGGCUGGAAGGUAGAGAUCUGGAUGCGACUGCUUUCUUGGAUCUGACGGAUAGGGAGAACUUGAAGUAUGUUUUUUUCUCGUUUUAUCGUGUUGAUUGUGUGCGGUGUUUAUGCUAA